AUGACAGAAUUUACUCUGACCAGUACUGUGUGGCCUGGCCAGAAUAAGCUGUGUGGACUCUACACUCUUCAGAGUAGGGGUGAAGGCACGUCAGCGACCAGACAAGGAGUCGUGAAGAGACAGCGGGGAGCCCUGCUGGGGCUUCUGUGGGUGCAGGUUUACUGGGUGAGAGGGAUGGACGUGGAGCAGACACCUGCAGCCCUGAGCCUCCAGGAGGGAGCCAGCUCUACCCUGAGGUGCAAUUUUUCCAGCUCGGUGACCAAUGUGCAGUGGUUCCGACAGAACCCCGGGGGGAGCGGCCUCACCCGGCUUUUUUACAUCGCUUCAGGGAUGAAGCAGGAUGGGAGGUUGAACUGCACGGUGAACACUAAGGACCGGCACAGCAGCCUGCACAUCAGGGCCUCCCAGCAGGAAGACUCAGCCACCUAUCUGUGUGCGGUGCAGGCACAGUGCUCCCUGCUGCUCUGCAGCCUGUCCCCAAACUGCAGCUGGGCUCCCAGCCCAGGCUCCUCCACCAGGAAGCCUUCCUUGUGCAGCCGCAUUUGCACAGCGUGCUUGGGACCAUCUGGGGCUUUGCAGGCUCAAAGCUGGUGGCGACUGGGAUCCUCCUUGAACCAUCUUUGGUCUCCCAGAAGAAAAGAAAACCCAAAGAGGAUCUUACCCUGAAGACUCUGUCUCUGCUUCUGAAGAGGCCCUAGGAUUGGUUAGGAGCAACCUCAGACCCAUAAGAUCACAUGUGGUUGUGGAAACGGGCUUGGGGUUCCAUGAUUCAGGCAAUUUCUCCUCACACUCACAUCAGUCCAUACUGCUCACAGCCAGUCCUCAAAAGACUUGCUUUGUUAUAUAGUACAAAAGAAAUUUAGAACUGGAAGAGGCCUUAGAAGGGCUUAGUCCACUUCAUUUUACAAAACAAAGGCUGUACCCAAGAUGGUACCAUGGAACAAUUAGGUUGUCAGUGAGCUGGGAGAGAAAGAAACUGAGUUUCCUCACUUUCUCUUUGGCAUUCUCCCCACUGCCUCCUUGCUGCAGGGCCAUCCUGCUGCGUAAAGAGAUUGUGUCUAAUGCAAGCCCAGCCACUUAUAUCUCUGCAGUUUGGGUCUGGGAGAGCCAUGGUCCAAUCAGUUUGAUUGCCUGAAUGGAGAGUUGCAAUUUGUGUAAAUAUCUGACACUUUGGGCAGGAAAAAGAACUCAGGCUGAGCCACUGUUAUUCUACCUGCAAACUUACUUACUCCUCACUGGUUUCUGGAGGUGAAAGCCAAGGAUGAUUGUGUCAACUGAACACCUCCAUGCAUUUCUAAGGACUUUCCUAAAAAUAGCAGAUAUAUUUAUAUCCCAGGUGGACAUCUCUUGAAGGCAAAAUGUGAAUAUAGAGCAUCACUAAUACAUUGUUAUGAAAUGUAAUCACUGCAUUGGGAGACUACGGGGGAAUAUCGUCCUCAUGCAGCUGGCCAUCCAUGAAUGUAUUCGAAAAAGCUAGGUCUACACUUUUUGAUGAUGAGUCAGGCAACAUUAAAUGAAAUAAUCACGGGGCUAUGAAUUUUGCCCAAGAGAUGAUUAUACUUGUGCUACAGCUCAUAUAUAGGACAUUAUGCUAAAUAGAGCAUACUCAUACUAUAACGUUCAGUUCUGGAUAACAUAACUCAAAAGGGAAAAUAUUGACUUAAAGUAUAUGUCUCCAAGAAGAGAGAAAUUCACCCAAAGAAGGUUUUGGGAAUUCUAUCCUAUGGAGGAGGAUGGAUGAGUAAAAUGAGGAAGAAUCUUAGAAUGGAGAAAAUUUACAUAUGUAAAAACACACAAUUUAUAUUUACAGACAAGUUUAUAUGUUGAUUUUUGAUUCUUCAUCAGAGUUGUCCCUAAAUUUUUAAAGGUGUGGAAUGUGAUUGAGGAUUUUUUUUUCUGCCUAAUUUCAGAGGAGUAGUGAGUACAAUCCUUAGGAAAAGGGCUUCCACUUAAUGUAGGUGAGGCAGUCUUGAUUUCCCUAGGAUCCGUUCUCAUGAUGAGUAGUCUACUUGUACUACUCCCCUGGGCAGCCAUGGCAAUAUUUAGGCUUCCCUAGAUUGUCUUCAUUACAUUGUAAUUGGAGAAUAUCAAACUAUUAGAGUAGAUGAGAAAGGAUUUUUGCCAGAAAGGGAUAAUUCUGGAAAUCUACAGGACUAAAGAACUUUAUCAGUGUCUUUGGAACACUGUAGUGGAGUUUGGGAGAAAAAUGGCAAAGUAUGGAAUCUGAGGACUGGCCAAGGCAGCAGAAAUCUACGCUAGGAGAGUUGGCUUACACGUUAGAGGAACCUCAACUAAGGAUUUGAGUCACUUACUACAUUUUGGAUCUGGCACCGUUUUGAUAUCAGACAAUAAAAGCAUCUGUAGUAUAAAUGGCGACAUAUUUUGGAUCUGAAACCCGAUAUGUUGUGAGAAUUUCCAUUCUUUCCCCCAAUACUUUGCAGUAUAAAAUCCUUGUAGCAAUAGGAAUAGAUUUCUGAGAGCAUGUCAGAUUUCCCAUCACAAAUAACCAAAUCAAAAUGUUUCCUAACUCAUGGACUUGUCCCCCUGCUCCUUUAUCAUUGACAUUUUUAUGACAGUCAUAUUAACUGACAAAGAUUCCGCAUUUUGACUGCUGGUAAUGUCACUUCUCUGGAAAUUGCCAGGUCACAGGCAAGACCAGCUCAGAAGAGCAGAGUCUGAGAUAAGAGGCAUUUGAAAUAUUUAUUCUUUGGCUUACAUGUUCCUUUUAGGAAGAGGUUUUCUCCAUAACAGACAAAUGAGGCUGGUAGAUUUGGCAGAAAGGGAAGGUUUUCUAUGUUCUUUGUUUAAGAGAGUGAAUCAUGAUUCCUUCCUCGUUUCAAAUAUGUACAUGAGGCCCAUCAUUGAAUAAACAGCAACAGGAUCUACUCUUUUGAACUUAACAGUGACUCAGUAGUGUGCAGAGGUAUAAAUCUUAAUGUUUACAUUCUUCCUGUGCAUCUAGUCUCUGGUCUAGGAUGUAAUUUGUUUGACGUAUUGCUGCCAUUAUGCGUCUGAGUCCCUCAGAGGCUCGGGGUAGGGGAAGAAGGUUUUCCCCAGUGAGUUCAGUACAGACGUGACCACAGGAGGGUGCACCUGAGCUGCCGCAGACCAGGCGGAGGGUCCAUGGUAGAGCAUCUGCAUGAGUAGGUCUGGCAGAAGCACAGUCGUCUCCUUAUUGGCUGGUGGACACGUGGGAAACCACUCUGACUAAUGCAGGAAAGAAGGGCAGGCCGGUACUAGAAGUAGCUGUGCUGGCUGGAGGUGGCAAUUCUGAAAGUGAUCGUAAUUGUAAUUGGGAGGAACCAU